AUGAACAAUCCAAUCGUUGUAGCAACUCAAUCGACGACAUCCAGUCGAAUGAAAACAACAUUCAUCUUUCUAUGCGUUGUUUUAUGUUGCGUUUCGUAUUUGCUUUAUUCACGUACAACGUUGAAUUGGGUAUUUCUACAUACAUUCGUUAGUAAUGGCUUAAUCUCGAUUUCAUACUCAACAAAUGCUUCACUCAUAAACUCGACGAAUCUCCCAAUAGCCGAGCGUCCUCAAGUCAAGAAACCGAUACUUCCACCAUCAGAAAAUCGUCGUUUUGCUGUGUUUGCUUGUUCGAUUCAUGCGCCUAUUAAUGCGUACACAUUUUAUACUCCGAUAACUGCGGCUAGUUGGCAACGUGUUGGUUACGAAGCCAUUGUGAUGUUUGUUGGCGAUUUCAAGAAACCAAAUGUACUGACUGCUCGAUUAAACCUAUCGCGAAAUUACUUAAAACGCGUCGGAGCGCAUAUAUUCGAUUUACAAUGCGAUGAAUCGCAUUCGAUUAAAGUAUCUCAAUUAGCACGCGUUUUCUCGGGAUUUCUACCCGAUAGUAUCGUUCAGGAUGAAGAUAAUAUUCUGACAGGUGAUAGUGAUCUAAUGCCAUUGAAAGCUAGCGAAUAUAAACCGUCGCCUGGCAAGGACGGUUUUGUGUUCAAUGCAUUUUGUUGUGGAUCAUUUCAACGACGAAAUAGAAAUUAUAAAAUGUAUCCAAUGGGUCACAUAUUUUUACAAAAAAAAGCCUGGCGCGCGAUGGUAAUAGAAUCGAAACAACGAGCCGAACUUCUUGUCAACGCAGACAAACGCACUCAAGAGUUAUUGAGUGAAAAUGCCCCUCUUUCAUUCGAAACAAUCAGUUUAUACGGUCGACAUGAAUUUCAAAAAGUCUACGAUCAACGGAUGGACAAAGGCGAUGCAGCUUGGUACAUGGACCAGAUCCUUUGCUCGAUGUUAUUGAUUGAUUAUCAGGAACGACAUCGAAAUUUCAGUAUCAGUGAACGUAGUCGAAUCGAUCGGCUCGAUCGUGCUUUUGGAAUUGGGGCUUGGGAUCAAAAUAAUUUCGACCGAUACGGCGAUGCGCAUUUAAUUCAUGACGAAGUGCUAUCAGAACAUAAUUGGAAAAUAUUCAAGAAGUUUUUAACGGCUCUAUUCAAUCAGACCAUGGUGACUUUAUUCGAUGAUUAUUUUAAACAAUAUAUGAUUAACGAUCCAUUUCCGCGUCCACCACAAAUAAAAAAAUCGCCGCCGAAACCAGGUUAA